UGCGUUAGUAUUCAUCGUGCCAAUUCUUCCUCACUGCCUUGGCGACGCAGGCUCCAUUCACGAUCCAGAUUUUGAAUCUGAAUUCUAUCUUCAAUAGCAAAUCUCACAUCAACCAGCGAUCAGCAAUUGAAGUGCAGAUCGAGAUCAAUGGGUGUUCCCUAAUUUGCGAUUUUUUUUCCUUCCGCGAUCCGUCGUUGCCACAGAUUAGUGGGACUUUCCCAGAUAUGUGGUUUCCUAUCAUUCGAAGAGGUUAGAAGGGUGUUCCCUAAAGCUUCUACAUCAGUUCCACCUCCUCCUUCAUCUGCAGCUAAGGAAUUGAUCCGAUCAAUCGAUUUAAGCUCCGCGAUUCACGGCUGGAAGAUUUGAUUUCACUGUUGUGGGCGUUCUCAAGAGUUCUUUUGUGAUGCAGCAAAGAGAUGGAAUUAGAAUUGUGAUUUGAGACUUUAACAGAAAAAUUAUUUGAGUUAGAUCUAGAGAUUGAGAGAACUUUUAGGGCUUUGAGAAUUCAAGAGAAAUCUUCAGAAGUCUCUGAGGGACCUUCUUUACCCAUUAACACUUCUAUGGUUGAGCAGCACUGAACAAUGAAAGAGCUUGCAGCUCCUGAUGAGGCAUUUAAGUAUUCGUGUAUCACUUAUCCAGAUUUAGUAAGAGAUUUUGAGCUGAGAUCAGAAUUGAUUCAUUUGCUUCCAAAAUAUCAAGGACUAUCUGGAGAAGACUCUAACAGACAUUUACAUGAGUUCCAUGUGGUAUGCUCAACCAUGAAGCCACAGGGAAUUUCAGAAGAGGAUAUCAAGCUAAGGGCUUUUCCAUUUUCAUUAACUAGAGUAAUAAAAGAUUGGUUGUAUUAUUUGCCACCAGGAUAUGUUACAUUAUGGAUUGAUAUGAAGAAGGCUUUCUUGGAUAAAUUUUUUCCAGCUUCAAGGACUGCUACUAUAAGGAAAAGUAUCUAUGGGAUUUAGUAAGUGGUGGGAGAGACACUGUAUGACUAUUUGGAGAGAUUUAAGAAACUAUGUUAAAGUUGUCCUCAGCACCAAAUCAGUGAGCAGUUACUAGUCCAAUACUUCUAUGAGGGUUUAUUACCUAUGGACAGAAGUAUGAUAGAUGCAGCAGCAGCAUGAGCAUUAGUGAACAAAACUCUGGAAUAAGCUAGAGAGCUUAUUUCGAAUAUGGCAAGGAACUCACAGUAAUUUGGAAGUAGAGCACUCACUACUAGAGGAGUUGGAGAGGUUCAAAUGGAUUCUAAUGAGCAAAAGGAGAUAAGGAAUUCAUUGAUUGAAUUGACAUCCUUGGUUAAGCAAUUGGCCUUGAAUAAUGCUACUCAAUCUUCUAUUGUUCCGAAUGUGCAAUUUUCAUAUAAACAAAGUGUGGUUUGUAGCAUUUGUUCAAGUCAAGACCACAUGUCAGAACUUUGCCUGAACCUUCAUCAAGAUGAAUCUUUGGCAGCAUUCUCUAGGGCUCAACAACAAAAAUAUGACCCUCAUUCCUCUACAUACAAUCCUGGUUGGAGAGAUCAUCUGAAUUUGAGAUAUGACAAUUCAUUCUAUCAACAACCAUCUUCAAAUCACCAUUUCCAGCAAUUCCAACAUACUCAAAAUUUCCAGCAGAGUCUAAGUUUUCAGCAAGGUUUUCAGCAACAAUUUCAACCUUACCAGUAUAAUUUCCAACAAAAUCAGCCUAAUCAACAUCAUUUCCAUAAUGUCCAGAAUUCACAAUGCCAGCCUGCAAGUCAGUUUCAGCAGCAAGCACUUCCAACACCUUCAAGGUUGAGUUUAACUCAAGGAGGCUCUAAUAAUGUCUCAAGUUCAGAUUCUCAUCAAGAAAAAUUGGAGAAAUUGAUGCAAUAUAUGAUGCAACAGCAACAAAAUCAGCAAAGAACAGAUUCAGCUCUUCAAAAUAUAGAAAGGCAGAUUGGGCACUUAGCUUCUAGUAUUAAUCAAAUUCAAGCUCAGGGGUCUAGUCAAUUGCCUUCACAAACAACUCCUAAUCCUAAAGGAAAUGUUAGUGCAUUAACUUUGAGAAGUGGGAGAAGAAUUUCAGAUUUUUCGAGUGAAGAAACUGUUGCUGAAAAAUUGCCAGAAAUUCAGCAACCAAGUUCCAGCAGUGAAGAAUUUCUGGAAGCCCAGGAUGUGCCAACUUCAAGUUCAACCCCAAUUUACAUUGAUCCGUUUAAUUUGGAGCAUUCACAAGGAAGUGGAAAUUUAAUGCCGGAAAAUUCCAGUAACAUUUGUCCAGCUGAUCAAAUUCCAACAACUAUGUCAAAUUCCAGCAAAUCUGGAAAUUCAGGAUAUCAGAAUUCCCUUAAUUAGAAAGAUGUCGAGCCAAGCAUUCCCUUGCCUUUUCCUCAACGCAAAACUCAACCAAGGAAGAAUGUAGAAGAGGAAAAAACUAAGGAAUUUCAAAAACUUGUGAAUUUAUUCAGCAAGGUGGAGGUUAAUGUUCCUUUACUCACAAUGAUCAAGCAAAUUCCCAAAUAUGCUAAAUUUUUUAAGGAUAUUUGUGUGCACAAGAAGAAGUUGAAAGGUAAUGAGUUGAUUAGCAUGGGCAAGAACGUAUCUAUACUCAUUCAGCCAGUUCCUCAGAAAUGUGAAGAUCCUGGAGUACUUACAGUACCUUGUGAAAUUGGGAGCAAUCUUUUUGAGGAUGUUAUGUUAGAUUUAGGAGCUUCAAUUAAUGUGAUGCCAAGAUCAAUUUUUCAAACUUUGGGAAUUGGACCAUUACAGCCUACAGGGGUUGUUAUUCAGUUAGCAGACCGCAGUUAGACUCAUCUAGCUGGGGUUCUUGAAGAUGUUUUGGUCAAGGUGAGAGAAUUUAUCUUCCCUGCAGAUUUUUAUAUCCUUGAUAUGGAGGGAGACUACCUGGCCACUAGAUCUCCACUUAUUCUUAGACGACCAUUUUUGAAAAUUGCAAGGACAAAGAUUGAUGUUCAUGUGGGCACACUUUCCAUGGAGAUAUGAGAUACAGUGGUCCAGUUCAGUAUUUUUGAUGUUAUGAAGCACCCUAGAGAGGAUCAUUCUAUUCUUAGUAUGGAUAUAGAGGAGCAAGAGGGUAUGAAAUUCUAUUUAGAGGAGGAAACGACUUUGGAUGGUAAAGAAGAGGAUAGUAUUUCUAGAGGAUUAAUUUCAGUUGAGAUAGAUGAUAUAUGCUUAGGGGAUUGCUUAGGAGAAGCAUUACCCCUAGAAUCGCUCAGAGAAGAAGAAGUAUGUGUAGGGGAUUGCUCGGUAGCACUACCCCUAGGAUCACCUUCUGUUGACCAGACACAGGAUGAGUUGAAGCCAUUGACAAAACAUUUGAAAUAUACUUAUUUGGGAGAGAAUCAACAGCUGGUUGUCAUCAUAGCUCAGAAUUUAAAACCAGAACAGGAGGAAAGAUUGUUAGAGAUUCUGAGAUAGCAUAGGAAAGCCAUUGGAUGGACUCUAGCAGAUAUUCUUGGUAUCAGUCCUUCUAUUUGCAUGCACAGGAUUUAUUUGGAGGAGGAUGUGAAACCAGUGAGACAGCCACAGAGAAGACUUAACCCAUUGAUUCUGGAUGUAGUGAAGAAAGAUGUGACUAGACUCUUACAGGCAGACAUCAUUUACCCUAUUUUUGAUAGUAAGUGGGUUAGUCCCAUCCAUGUGGUUCUGAAGAAAUCAAGGGUGAUAGUGGUAGCUAAUGAAGAGAAUGAGUUGGUGCCUACAAGAGUAAAGAAUUCUUGGAGAGUUUGUGUGGACUACAGGAAGCUGAAUCAAGCUAGCAGAAAGGACCAUUACCCCUUGCCUUUUAUUGAUUAGAUGUUGGAGAGACUAGCAGGCAAGUCACAUUAUUGCUUCCUUGAUGGUUACACUGGUUAUUUUCAUAUUUGCAUCGACUCAGAGGACCAAGAGAAGACUACCUUCACUUUCCCUUUUGGUACAUUUGCUUAUAGACGUAUGCCAUUUGGACUUUGCAACGCUCCAGGAACCUUUCAGCAAUGCAUGGUAAGUAUUUUUGGUGAUUUAUUAGAGCAUUGCAUGGAAGUUUUCAUGGAUGAUUUUUCUGUAUAUGGUUCAUCAUUUGAUGCAUGUCUGAAAAAUUUGUUUAGAGUUUUGGAUAGAUGAAUUGAGAUUGAUUUAGUGCUUAAUUUUAAAAAAUGUCAUUUUAUGGUGGAGCAUGGAAUUGUUUUAGGUCAUAUAGUCUCUAGGAGAGGUAUUGACGUAGAUCCUGCUAAAGUUAGUGUUAUAUCUUCUUUAUCUUACCCCGCAUGUGUGCGGGAUGUUCGAGCUUUUCUUGGCCAUGCAGGAUUCUACAGGAGAUUUAUUAGGGACUUCAGUAAGAUUGCUCUUCCAUUGUCUCAGUUGCUUUAGAAAGAUGUCGAGUUUCAGUUUGAUCAGAAUUGUAAGGAAGCUUUUCAGAAAUUGAAGGAAGCUUUGGUUUUUGCACCUAUUAUCAGGCCAGCAGAUUGGACUUUACCAUUUGAGUUGAUGUGUGAUUCUUCCAAUUUUGCUAUAGGAGCAGUACUUGCACAGAGAGUAGAUGGAGCACAACAUGUGAUAUGUUAUGCAUCAAAGACUUUAGAUUCAGCUCAAGCAAAUUACACCACGACAGAAAAAGAGCUUCUUGCUAUUGUUUUUACUUUAGAUAAAUUUAGAUCAUAUUUACUCUAUUCUCACGUGGUUGUAUUUUCUGAUCAUGCAACUUUGAAGUUUCUCCUCAAGAAGCCAGAUGCCAAGCCCAGAUUGAUUAGAUGGAUGCUUCUCCUCCAGGAGUUUGAUUUGGAGAUUCGUGAUAGGAGUGGGAAGGAGAACUUAGUUGUAGAUCAUUUGAGUAGAAUUGAAGGGAACUUGGAUCAUACGGCCAUUGAUGAUGAUUUUCGGGAUGAACAACUUUUUCGGAUGCAUGGUUAGUCACCAUGGUUUGGAGUGCCUAGGGCGAUCAUCAGUGAUCAAGGGUCACAUUUUUGUAACAGACACAUGAAAGCUAUGCUGAGCAGAUAUGGGGUUUCACAUAGAGUUUCUACUCAUUAUCAUCCCCAAACAAAUGGACAAACUGAGGUGUCAAAUAGAGAAGUAAAGGCAACUUUAGAGAAAACUGUGAGGCCUGACAGGAAGGAUUAGAGUAGAAGAUUAGAUGAUGCACUUUGGGCUUAUAGGAUUGCUUUCAAGACUCCUAUAGGAAUGUCUCCAUAUAGGACGGUGUAUGGUAAAGCUUGUCAUCUUCCGGUGGAGAUUGAACAUAGGACAUUUUGGGUAGUAAAAGCUUGUAAUUUUGAUACUAGCUUAGCAGGAGAAGAGAGGAAAUUGCAACUCCAAGAACUAGAGGAAAUUCGACUUGAAGCAUUUGAGAACUCAUGUAUCUACAAAGAAAAGACCAAGAAUUUUCAUGAUAAGCACAUUGUGGGUAAGGAAUUUCAUAUUGGAGACAAAGUGCUUUUAUAUAGGUCACGGCUCAAAUUGAUGAAAGGUACGUUGAGAUCUCGAUGGGAAGAACCAUUUAUUGUAACUAAUGUUUUUUCUUAUAGAGCUAUUGAGAUUAGGGAGGAGUCCACCGGAAGAAUUUUCAAAGUGAAUGGGCAUCGACUUAAAAUUUUUCAUGAAGUUAACAAAGAAGGAGGUGGGCAAAUUGAACUACAUCGGUGCUAUCUACCCAAUUAAAGGGGAGUUUGUUCCAACUUAAGUUUUGUUUUGCUUUUACAUAUACUCAUGUUUUCAAUAAACUCUUUGCUUACAAAUAAUGAUUUUAGAAU